AUGUGGAAUCGGGCAUUGUGCCGGAUAGCUUCAGCAAUCUGCGAAAACUGCCCCCAGUGUCCUCCUUUCCUUGCACAGAUGCCGGCCAUGAAGAAGCCAGCAGCCGCCGCUUUUAAGAAGCCUUCGGCUGCCACGAGCGACCCGGACGAGGACACCCAGCUUGUCCCGGUCCAGGAGAUGUCUCUCGAUGAGAAGAUUGCCAAGUGGAAGCAGACGAACCCGGAGGAGAGGUCUGCCGCCCCUGACCUCUCCCUGGAUGAGUGGCGAAAGGUCAAUGGACGUGCAAACACGGCGAUAAAGGGCAGCGAGGAAGGCCAAAAGGAUUGGGAGGAAGCUUCGACUUCUUCUGGCCCCACCUCGGUUAACAAAAAGAAGAGGAGCUUUUUGGUGGCCUUCCUGCUGGACCCAAAGUUCGGCCCUGGCUUCCAGAAGUACACGCAGGAGAUUGUCUCGUCGAACAAGUCCAAGACCGUGCUCAAGCCCGAGACCUGGAAGGAGCUGCUCAACCGGUACGACGAAAGCGAGAUCCACGCCAUGAUGGAUGCCGCUGUGAUUUAUGAGAAAGUGGAUCCGAGGUGCCCCGGAGUGAUGAAGUAUCUGGACACCAGCCAGACCCGGGAAACAAAAACGUUCGACAAGCGAUCCAGUAUGAGCCAAGGAGUCGCCAAAGGGUUGAAAGGUGACAGCAAUGAAGCUGAUGCCAAAGAGAUGGAUGGAGCAAUGAUCGAAGACGGUCGGGGCGGCUCCAGCUCCAAGCAGAACCCGGGCGACGAGAAGGAGAAGGAGGGCAAGACGAAGCGAUCGGCCUACGAGAAGCUCUGCGACGAGAUCAAUGCUUUGGCAGACGUCGAUGCUGCCAGGAACAAAGCCACUGGCAUCAAGACCCUCUUGGAUGGCAUGAUGUCAAGGCUGGAUACCAUGGCUACGAAGGGAAAGACGUCCAAGUACUGGACCCCGAAAGUCAAGAAGGAUUUUGCCACCCUGCACAACAACAUGAAGAAUGCCAGCGACAAGUGCAAGAGCCUCUUCGUUUCCAAGAAGCUCAAGCUCGAGGCCAUGCAGGAAUUGUUGCUUGGCCUCGCCGAGAUCCUUCGCGACUGCAGCAACAGCUUGACCAGCCAUGGCAGG